GAACGCCGUAUCAUGUAGGUGAGAAGGCGGACACCGCACUAGAGGCGGAAUUGGCAGCUAUCGCAUGGGCCUUGAUCUGGGCGCUGGAGCACGGCGUGCGCUUUCAGGUCUGGCUGGAGCUUUGCUAUGAUGCCACGGCCGCAAGGGGGGGGUCACUCGCGGGGAUCUUGCCCAACGAGUUAUGCGACUGCCUCGCCAAAGAGGCCAGGCGUCGUCCCGAAUGCCCCUAUUCCAGAAUGUUGCCGGAGUGGCCAGCGCCAUGGGCAAGCCACCAGCUGCGACAGUGGACUUGGCUUGCACACGCGUCCUGCACAGGUCUUCCCGCGCUUAUGGCCUUGGAGGCGGAAGCUGGCAGGCUGCAGCACCAAGUACAGGAGGUGCUUGCCCCCACAGCCGGUCCGCGUACCAGCCAUUACCGUGCCACAGAAGUUGAGUAUUCGUUCAAGGCCCUCACCUUCAACGCUCUUUCUCUCUUCGACCCGGCCGCUCCUCCCGGUCGAGAGGCACGCACUAAGAACCAGGGGCUCCUCAUCUCGGGGAAGAGAGACCUCCUCAAGCGUCAGCUGCUCGAGCUAGGUGUCUGGGCAGCUGGCAUCCAGGAAACACGCCUUCCCACCA